UGUGAUUUGGGUCUCCUGAUAUGACAAUCUUUAUACUAACGACAUAAUUCAUAAUUGUCAAGCCAUUGUCAAUCGUGUGAUUGACGUAAUUUCUGAAAUAAAAACGAUUUAAAAUAUCUAACAAUGCAAAGAAAACGUACCAAACUUUUAAGCGGGAAUAUUUCCUCCUCUGAUGCGCCAAUCGAUACAUUAGACAAAGCGACUAAAAGAGUUAUAGCACCCUACGUGAAAGUCAUUAGAAAAAGCGAGAGAGGUCGACGUGGAAAAGAGCAAGUCGUUCAAGAACCAGUGAAAUUUAAUUUUUACGUACAAAACAAGCCAAGCGUUUUACUAGAGGACCUCUCGUCUUUUUUAUCGGAUAGCGUAGAUUUAGUGAUACUGUUGCAUGAGACGUCCGAGGUUUUGAAAUCCACAACUAAAGCUAACGUUUUCGACCUCUUGUUCUUCAGAACAUAAUCUCUUUAGAACAAUUUAAAAAUAGAAAAUACGACAGUACAAAAAAGAAACUGUGAUAACAAAUAGUAACCAUAAAAUCAGACAGUAUAAUAUAUUAUAAAUUUAUCUGUUUAUGUCAAGUCACUGUCAAAUGUGAAAUUAUUGAUUUAUUUUUCAAAUAACUCCGAUCGAAAAUUAAUCCAAUAUGGGUCGAAGACGUACCAACGUUUUGAACUCGGGUACUGUUUCUAGCGAAUUUAAUAUUAUUGAUACAAACGACAAGGCAACCAGAAGAGUUAUAGCACCCUACCUGAAAAUAGUUAGAAAAAGCGAUAAGACUCUAACGGAGAAACAACAAGAAACUUCUGAACAUCGAAGAUUUAAUUUUUACAUACAAAAUAAACCGACCUUUUUAUUGCAGGAUUUCACUUCUUAUUUAGCGGAUUGUGUGGACUUAGUUUUACUAUUACAAGAGACCUCUGAUGUUUUGAAAAGCACAACUAACGCUACCGGGGGCUUACAUAAGUCGUUUUUUUUACCGGAAAAAGCAACAGACGAAAGAAGACUGACUUGCUUAACAAGCAACUACGCUAUGUGUGACUAUUCUCCUAAGGGGGUACAAGAAUUUUAUUCUACAAAACAAUGUGAAACAAUAAAAGUGACCACUAAGUGCAUAAUACCAGAAAAUAAAAUGUCAUGCUUAUCUCAAGGAGAUUUUGGAGGCCAAGAUUCGGUGAGAGUAACCUUAUACAUGGUGGACCAGGCCUCGGAAGAAAUUUACCAAAGUCAAAAAAACUUUCAAGGCGAACGACAUAAAGUAAAUUGGAAAAUUCAAAAGGGUAGCAUAGUUGCGGCGUAUGUGGCAUUUAAAAAGCAGCACCUUAUGGUGGACGACAUAAUCGGCGAUGACAGGUUUCCAGCAGGAGUGGGAUAUCAAGGUGAUAUGGUAAAAUCCGUACUGUGUGUUCCUAUUGUAACUCCAGAUGGCGACUGUUACGCGGUUAUCGAAUUAUACAGAGAUCUGACCAAUCCGCCUUUCAACAAAGAAGACUUGAAAAUCGCCGUAGUAGUAUCAGGAUGGGUGGGGGCUGCGAUUCACCAAAAUCACCUCAGGAUAGCAUUGCAAAGACAACAGGAACUUAACGAUUACCUACUAGAUUUGACGAAAUGUUAUUUUGCCGAGACAGUAGCCAUUGAAAAUAUGAUAACUGAAAUUGUAAAAUUUGCAAAAGCAACUCUUGGUGCUGAAAGGGGAACCUUUUUUAUAAUAGACGAAGAAACGCAAGACCUCGUAGCAGAAGUUUUUGAGGAAGGUGUAGGCGUUGGGGAAGUAACGAUGCAUAGAAAAAAUGUUAAAGUGAGAUUGGCAAAAGACAGAAGUAUAGCAGGACUGGUGGCGCGAACGGGAGCUACUGUUAAUAUCAGAGAUGCCUAUAACGACCCAAGAUUUUUCACUGACGUUGAAGAAAAAACCGGUUUCAUCACUAGGUCUAUUUUAUGUAUGCCUAUUGUAAGCGUAGAACAUAUAUUAGGAAAAAAUAAACGAAUCGAAUUUGAAAUUGCUGAAGAUUCAACUAAAGCCAUGCCCACACGACAUGGAGGCCUUUGUGGGAAAGCCGGCAAUAAAUGUCCCUUUCAAUUUUACAGACUUAGGGUGGACGCGCCAAGAAGAGAAGUCUGCGUCAGGAAGCCAAGGAAAUUAAAGGUAGGACCUGAUUGGCGAAGUUUUAAAUUUUCUUUCGCGCGUGACAUACCCUUUAAAUGGUAUAUUGCCCCAGAAGAACAUCCUGAUAUGCCACAAUUGUUACUAUUCAUGAUUACAGAUGUCGUUGGAAGAGAGGAUAUUAACCAAAAGAGUUUGAUGGAAUUCAUACUUUCUGUGAGAAAGUGUUAUCGUAAUAAUUAUUAUCACAACUUUGAACACGCCUUUAAUGUUACGCAUUGUAUGUAUAACAUUCUGAGAAGGAAUAGAUCAGCAUUUACCGAGAUCGAGAUAAAAUCGCUAUUGAUCGCAGCUUUGUGUCACGAUUUAGACCAUGGAGGGUUUACGAAUAAUUACCUUCAAUUAACUGAUGACACUUUGGCACAAUUGUAUGACGAAUCAAUUCUAGAAAACUAUCACUAUCGUAUAGCCAUGACUAUUUUUAGUGGAAUAACCAUUUUCAACAACUUAACUGCACAAGAUUAUGAAGUUAUAAGCAAAGAAAUGAAAGAAGCGAUAUUAGCAACCGACUUGGCGAGUUAUUUCAAGUUUCGAGUAAAGUUAAUUCAACUUAUCAACGAUAAUUUAUUGGAUUUAACUCAUUCGCGGCAUCGAACCCUGGUCAAGGCAAUCAUGAUGACAAGCAGCGAUUUAUCUGGCAACUGUAAAUCGUUCGUUGUGGCGAAAACUGUCUGCGAGAAUGUUUUAAAGGAAUUCUAUCAUCAAGGGGACUUAGAAAAGAAAAUGGGUCUAACGCCGCUUUCUCUAAUGGACAGAGACAAGUCCCAAAUGGUACCGGAAGAUCAAGUGCAGUUUCUGUCAGUAAUUGUAUUACCUUGCGAUGAGUUGCUGGCUAAUAUUUUUCCAAAUACAAUUGAUCUUCACAUUGAAGCAUCGUAA